UGCGCUUGUUUAACUCACCGUGACAAUCAGACGGCAUAGUGGAAAAUACUUCAAUAGGUUGCGCCUACUCCGCCUACCCGUGAGAGUUCCGUUUUACCCUGGGUGUGAAUGAAAGCGAACCCUGUGUCAUUUCACUGGUGUCCUGUAACGUUGAUGUUUCAACUUCCAGUCUCUCGGCAUCUUCAACUUUCGCUAACUAACGCUACUGUUUGACUGCAGAGUUCACCAAGUCAGAGACAUGUCUUCAGCACAGACAUUUACGGACCCAAACCAACACAAGCGUGUGUCUGUUAAAUCCAACCCUGGAUUCCUGGAGCGAUUAAGUGAGACUGCAGGAGGAACAGUUGUUGGUGUCGGACUGUUUUUCCUCUCAAUCUAUAUUCUCUUCACCAAUGAGGGACGGGCUCUGCGCACAGCAUACUCUCUGGAUGAGGGUCUUUCUCAGGUUGUGUCGUUGGAGCCUUUCUCCCUCCUCGACCCGCAGAACAACGACCGUUUAGUUCAUCUUUCUGCAAAGCUGCACACCUCACAGGCCCUCCACGAUCCAAACUACAGAGUGACGGUGCAGGCAGUGAAGCUGAAGAGGCAGGUGGAAAUGUAUCAGUGGGUGGAAUACCAGGAGAGCAAGGAUUACCAAGAGGGUGGUGAGACCAAAUCUGAGACGACGUACAACUACAACACCGAAUGGAAAUCUGAGUUGGUUAACAGUCGCCAUUUCGAUAAGGAAAUUGGUCACCAGAACCCGAGUGCCAUGGCAGUUGAGAGUGUGACAGUCGUGGCUCCCGAUGUCGGGGUUGGACCUUUUAGUCUGUCUAAAGGCCUGGUGGAGCAGAUAGAUAACUUCCAGACGCUAAGCCUGAGGGAUUUUUCCUUCCUUAAUAUCGACCCUUUCCUCAGCAUUGAUGAUGAUUAUUUCUAUCACACCCAAAACCCACGCAGGCCUGAGGUCGGAGAUGUGCGCGUGAGAUUCUCCUUCGCUGGUUUGAGUGGCGAGACGUCUCCCUUUGGAUCGGCUCAAACGGUCAGUAUUGUGGCCAUGCAGAGAGGGGAGCAGCUGAGGCCAUUUAAAACCAAGUCAGGAGACACUCUGGAGAUCCUGUACCUGGAAGAGCUCUCUGCACAGGAGGUUUUUGAGAAGGAACAGCAGCACAACAGUAUGAAGACAUGGGGACUCAGGGCUGCAGGCUGGGCCCUCAUGUUCCUCAGUAUCCAGCUGACCAUGCGCAUCAUCUACACCCUGGUGGACUGGGUUCCUGUUCUCAGAGAGCUCGUCUCCGUGGGGCUGAAGAUCUUCGCCCUGUGUGUCUCCUGCUCUCUGUCCCUCCUCACCAUCGGAGUAGGAUGGAUGUUUUACCGACCGCUAGUGGCUGCAGCUCUGGGAGCACUAGCUCUGCUUCCCAUGUUUCUUGCCCGCUCAGGACUUGGACCAGCCAAGAAGAACGAAUGACUUUCAAACUGAGGAUUUUCUGAUGCUGGGCUGUAUAUAUAUUUAUCUGAGGAAUGAGUGUGCGGCCCGUGUUUUUUUUAGCCCAGCAGGAAUAACAGACAUUCUAUGUUGAUAAAUGUUUUAGUUUUCAGUUAACUGUUUUAUCAUCAAGUGUCCAAGGGGCUUUGGUUACAUUAGGCAUUUUCACCUUGGAUCUAUGUUUAAGGAUACAAAGAAAUCCCAUAUUAACCACUGCUUGUUUUCAGACCGCACUUCGCAGAUGUUGCCUUUAAAAACAUUUAAAUCACUUCAGAAAAAACUCACAUCCUCCUUUUGAUAUUUUGUUGCUUAAAAUGAACAUCAUGACAUUGUCAGAGUCUUAUUUGGACUGUCAAUAAUUUAUCAGAUGUCUUGCUCUCUACACAAAUCAUACUCUGUCAUGCAGUAAAUUCUGCUUUCAUGGAGGUUUAAAUGUUCAGUUUUUGUUUAUUCAAAUGUAACUUUACUUUGUUGGGCUGUAGUUUGCUGGGUCACAGGUUGGCCUAAUUUUCAUCACCCUAAAACAACUUUCUAAAUACAAUAGUGCUGAUAUUAGUGAUUUGUUUAUGAAGUAAAACGGAUUCACUUGAGGUGAUGUGUAAACCUUUUUCGAAUAAUAUUCAGUUGCAUUUAUAAAAUGAUUAAUGUCAGUGUUUGGUCUACACAAAAAGGCCAAUCUUGAUGUAAUGUUUGUUCAUGCGUGUUAAAUAAAGCGCUUGUUUCCUA